AGUGCGAGGUGGAGGUUGUCGCGCUUGGACCGAGAAGACUUGUUCACAAGUAUCGAUUGAGGAUUUGCCAAGAUGAUCAGUGCAGUGUAUCUAAUCAACCUUAAAGGCGAAAUCUUGAUUUAUCGGGCAUAUAGAGAUGAUGUCAGCCGUGCAGCAGCAGAUGCCUUCCGAAUGCAGGUUUUGGCGGCGAAGGAAUUUCGUUCGCCAGUUCAAGUCUUUGAAAAAGCCAGCUUUUUUCACAUCAGGAGUUCUAACGUCUACCUUGUCGCUGCUACUCGAGAGAAUGUGAAUGCUAGUAUGGCUUUCCAAUUUUUGUUUGCGCUGGUAGAAGUAUUCAAGGGUUAUUUUGGCGGAGCAUUCGAGGAGGAAGCGGUUCGAGAAAAUUUUCCUCUGGUGUAUGAGCUUUUGGACGAGGUCAUGGACUUCGGAUAUCCUCAGAGUUGCUCUGUGGAUUUGUUGAAAACAUUCAUCAUGCAAGAGGGUCAGCAGCUUGAUCCUGGCCGUGCACUUGUGGCAGCCUCUCUUGCACCUGCACAAGUUACUGGUGCCGUCUCAUGGAGACGUGAAGGAAUCAAGUAUCGCAAGAAUGAAGUUUUCUUGGAUGUCGUCGAAAACGUCAAUCUGUUGAUGUCUUCUAAGGGAACUGUUCUGAAGAGCGAUGUCACUGGAGAGAUUGUCAUGAAGACCUACCUAUCAGGCAUGCCAGAGUGCAAAUUCGGUCUGAAUGAUAAGCUUAUGAUGCAAGGAGAGGGCAAGAAGGGAGGAUCUGGAUCGAUUGAAAUGGAAGAUGUUUCGUUUCACCAGUGCGUUAAGCUUGGCAAAUUUGACAGCGAUAAAGCUGUGACUUUCAUUCCUCCCGACGGAGAGUUUGUCUUGAUGAAAUAUCGUGUGUCGGACAACAUCAAUCUCCCCUUCAAGGUUUCCCCUAUUGUAAAGGAACUUGGAAGGACCCGUCUAGAGAUCAACGUGAAAGUCAAGGCACAGUACAGUAGCGUGACGGGACUGAACGUCAUUGUGAGAAUACCACUCCCUCCCAACACAGCCAAGGUUACCACUACUGCUGCUGCUGGCAAGGCCAAGUAUGAGCCUGAGACUUCUGAGCUGGUGUGGAGAAUGAGGAAGUUCCCUGGGGAUACCGAGUAUGCCUUGAGUGGAGAAGUGGAGAUGUCUGCUCGCAUUGAGGACAAGAAGCCAUGGUCGAGACCACCCAUCAGCAUGGAGUUUCAGGUCCCUAUGCUUGCAGCAUCUGGUCUGCACGUGAGGUUUUUGAAGAUUUACGAGAAAUCAAACUAUAACACAAUUAAGUGGGUGCGAUAUAUUUCCAAGAAUGGGCAGUAUCUGAAUCGUAUCUAAGAGAAGUUUUCCCGUUAAGAAUGAAUUAUUUGUUCUCG